AUGACGCAGAUAAACAUAACACUCACUGACAAAACAACUUUACUCGCUCUGCGAUUAGACAACCUCGAUUAUGACGAAUUGAAGCUUUUGAUAAAGCACAAUACUACGAAAGAUACCGGGAAAUCAAUUGUUAUUCCGGGUCAUGUCGAUACUGCUUUGGUCGCAUUUGAGAAUGAUUUCUUUACAGAGUUAUCAAACCAACAUGAUCGUGUUGAACUGUUUGUCAAGAGUAAGAGUGAGGAAAUUGGUCGCAGACUUCAAUAUUUAUCAAAUAUUGUCCUUCGAUUACUUGCAAGAUGUGCAGAAAGCAGUAGUGGGCAGAUGACGAGGAAGAGGAUGAAUAAAUUCCCUAAAUACAACACUCAAAUUGAAAGCUGUGGAGAUGAUCUCGCCAAAUUGGAUCGAUUUGUUGAAGCCCAGCGUGUCGCAUUCUACAAACUAUUGAAAAAGUAUACGAGAUGGACUGGUUCUCGAGCGCUCAAAGAACGAUUCGAAUCAGAGAUAUUGGGAGAUCCAAAAAGCUUCACAAGACAAGGUUUCAGUCCAUUGCAUUCUCAAUACAAUGAUCUCAUCACCCUACUCCGAGCUUCAACACCAGUAACCAGUGGACCUUCUACCCCGAGUACGAGUUCAAGAAGAGAAAGUCCCAAUCGUGUUCCAACGCAUACACAACGACAAUCGCCACCUCUACAAAGAUAUUGGAAUGAAUACGAUGACGGGAGCGAUGUUGAUCACGACGAACCAUAUUACAUAUUCGCGGACCCGAAUGCGGAGAUAACCUUUCCUGGCGCAGAAGUUGUAGCAAUUGCGAUUAGACGAACAAAGCAAGGCAUAGAAAAGGUUAUAGAUUGGUUCGCACCCGCUGGAUCAUCAAAACCCCGCGAACGUGAGGCACUAUUGGGAACUCAAGAGAGGAGAAGAUAUCCUCAACGAAGUCCCAACGGAACAGCCAAUGGUUCAGAAACCGAUGUCGAAGACGAAGCAUACGCCUCCUCGGCGGAUUUCCCAGGCGGAUAUGUAGCUCAUUAUGCUACUUUUCCCAGCGUGGCCGAUCAACGAUUGGGUCGAUUCCAAGAACAAACUCUGUUAUUUACAAUGAUUGCUUGCUUUUUUUUCUCGGCAUUCUCUGAAGCAGCAUCCACACUCCUUCUCGCAACAGGAAGACACAAAUUGAGGACGGAAGUUGAUCUGGGCGCACUCAUGGGCGCCUCAUUUGGAUUAUGUCUGGCCGUUGGUGGAUUAGUUUGCAUGGCGUGUCGUAACGAAAAGCUUGGUUGGGCACAUCGAGGGGCUGUGCUUAUAAUCACUACUGUUCUGUUGAUUGGGAGUAUCAUACUGCUGAUCAUGGUAAAUGGGAAUUAA